UCGCUGCAGUCCCCGCCGCCGCCACAUUCAACAGGCAGCAGCGCCGCUGUCGCGCGGCCGCGGGGGAGCUAGAGCGGCCCGCGGCGUCCGCCCGUCUGCCUUUGGCGUCCGCGGCCCUGUCAGCGGGAGCGCGGUGCCCGAGCUGCCGGGCUCCGCGGCCUGGUCGGUGCCCGGUCCGAGGCACGACCUCGGAGGCUCCUUAGGCACCGGUGACCCAGCGAAGUUAAGUUCUGGGCGCGUCCGUCCGCUGCGCCCCGCCGCGCCUGGCUCCGGCGUGCGUCCUCCGUCCGCGGCUCCCCAAUCUCGGAGCGACACUCAGGUCGCCCGCUCCGCGCCCCCCGGUGCCCGCGGCUCCCGGGACUUCUCUGCUGGUGGGGGAGGGGCGGGGGGCACCAUGGCCGAAGCGCCCCAGGUCGUGGAGACCGACCCGGACUUCGAGCCGCUGCCCCGGCAGCGCUCCUGUACCUGGCCGCUGCCCAGGCCGGAGUUUAACCAGUCCAACUCGACCACCUCCAGCCCGGCGCCGUCGGGCGGCGCGGCCGCCAACCCCGACGCCGCGGCGAGCCUGGCCUCGGCGUCCGCUGUCAGCACCGACUUUAUGAGCAACCUGAGCCUGCUGGAGGAGAGUGAGGACUUCGCGCGGGCGCCGGGCUGCGUGGCCGUGGCGGCCGCGGCUGCGGCCAGCAGGGGCCUGUGCGGGGACUUCCAGGGCCCCGAGGCGGGUUGCGUGCACCCGGCGCCGCCACAGCCCCCACCGACCGGGCCGCUGUCGCAGCCCCCACCGGUGCCUCCCUCCGCGGCGGCCGCGGGGCCACUCGCGGGACAGCCGCGCAAGACCAGCUCGUCGCGCCGCAACGCGUGGGGCAACCUGUCGUACGCCGACCUCAUCACCAAGGCCAUCGAGAGCUCGGCCGAGAAGAGGCUCACCCUGUCGCAGAUCUACGAGUGGAUGGUGAAGAGCGUGCCCUACUUCAAGGAUAAGGGCGACAGCAACAGUUCGGCGGGCUGGAAGAAUUCCAUUCGCCACAAUCUGUCCCUGCACAGCAAGUUUAUUCGUGUGCAGAAUGAAGGAACUGGAAAAAGCUCCUGGUGGAUGCUCAAUCCAGAGGGAGGCAAGAGUGGAAAAUCACCCCGGAGAAGAGCCGUGUCCAUGGACAACAGUAAAUUUGCUAAGAGCCGAGGACGGGCUGCGAAGAAAAAAGCAUCUCUCCAGUCCGGGCAAGAGGGNCCUGGAGACAGCCCUGGGUCUCAGUUUUCUAAGUGGCCUGCGAGUCCUGGGUCCCACAGCAAUGAUGACUUUGAUAACUGGAGUACAUUUCGUCCUCGAACCAGCUCAAAUGCUAGUACCAUCAGUGGGAGACUUUCUCCCAUCAUGACAGAACAGGAUGACCUGGGAGAUGGGGAUGUGCAUUCNCUGGUAUAUCCACCCUCUGCUGCCAAGAUGGCUUCUACGCUGCCCAGUCUGUCUGAAAUCAGCAAUCCAGAAAACAUGGAGAACCUUCUGGAUAAUCUCAAUCUUCUCUCNUCCCCAACAUCUUUAACUGUGUCAACCCAGUCCUCACCUGGCAGCAUGAUGCAGCAGACACCUUGCUAUUCGUUUGCACNNCCAAACACCAGUCUAAAUUCACCCAGUCCAAACUACUCAAAGUACACGUACGGCCAAUCCAGCACGAGCCCCUUGCCCCAGAUGCCUAUGCAGACACUUCAGGACAGCAAAUCAAGCUAUGGAGGAUUGAACCAGUAUAACUGUGCCCCAGGACUCUUGAAAGAGUUGUUGACUUCUGACUCUCCUCCCCACAGUGACAUUAUGUCACCAGUUGAUCCUGGAGUGGCCCAACCCAACAGUCGGGUCCUGGGCCAAAAUGUAAUGAUGGCCCCUAAUUCAGUCAUGCCAGCCUAUGGCAGCCAGGCAUCUCAUAACAAAAUGAUGAACCCCAGCUCCCACACCCACCCUGGACACGCACAGCAAACGGCUUCAGUCAAUGGCCGUGCCCUGCCCCAUGUGGUGAACACCAUGCCUCACACAUCUGCCAUGAACCGCUUAACCCCAGUGAAGACACCGUUACAAGUGCCUCUGUCCCACCCCAUGCAGAUGAGUGCCCUGGGCAGCUACUCCUCGGUGAGCAGCUGCAAUGGCUAUGGUAGAAUGGGUGUCCUCCAUCAGGAGAAGCUCCCAAGUGACUUGGAUGGCAUGCUUAUUGAGCGCUUGGACUGCGACAUGGAGUCCAUCAUUCGGAACGACCUCAUGGAUGGAGACACCUUGGAUUUUAACUUUGAUAAUGUGUUGCCCAACCAAAGCUUCCCACACAGUGUCAAGACUACAACACACAGCUGGGUGUCAGGCUAAGAGUUAGUGAGCAGACUUGGCGGCAACAGCAGCAGCAGCAGCACUUUCCUGUGCAGGAUGUUUGCCCAGCGUUCGCAGGUUAUGUGCUCCUGUAGAUAAGGACUGUGCCAUUGGGAAUCAUUACAAUGAAGUGCCAAACUCACUACACCAUGUAAUUGCAGAAAAGACUUUCAGAUCCUGGAGUGCUUUCAAGUUUUGUAUAUAGACAGUAGAUACAGAAUUGUAUUUGUGUGUGUGUGUGUUUUUUAAUACCUACUUGGUCCAAGGAAAGUUUAUACUCUUUUGUAAUACUGUGAUGGUCUCAAGUCUUGAUAAACUUUGCUUUGCACUACCUGUGUUCUGCUAAAGUGAUGAAUCAUGAACUAAGAUCUCCAUUCUGCACCUCUGCUGAAUGACCGAACCUGUUCAUCUUGCCACAGAAUUCGUAUGAGAACCAAGUAGCCGGUGAUCAAUGUGCUGAAUUAAUGGACUUGUCAAACUUUGGGGCAGAAUAAGAUUAAGUGCCAGCUUUGUACAGAUCUUUUUCUAUUAUUUUUGUUGUUGUUUAUUUUGUUAUUUGCAAAUUUGUACAAACAACUUAAAAUGGUUCUAAUUUCCAGGUAAAUGACUUUUGAUGUUAUUGUUAGGACUCAACAUCUUUUGGAAUAGAUACCGAAGUGUAAUGUUUUCUUAAAACUAGAGUCUACUUUGUUACAUUGUCUGCUUAUAAAUUUGUGAAAUCAGAGGUGUUUGGGGGCUGCAUUCAUAAUUUUCAUUUUGUAUUUCUAACUGGAUUAGUACUAAUUUUAUAUGUGCUCAGCUGGUUUGUACACUUUGGGAUGAUACCUGAUAAUGUUUCCGACUAAUCUUAAAUCUUUGUAAUUAGUAAUUGCAUACUCAACGUUCCUGGCCCUUUGAGCAGGAAAGUUAUGUAUAGUUACGGACACUCUUGUUUUGUAUGUAGAUUUAUGUGUGUAUUUUAAAGAAAUUUCACCUGCUUCUAUUACCCUGUGAAUUGUGUACAGCUCAUAGCACCAAGUCUCCAGAUAGAUGCCCCGUGCCACAUGCUUACAACCCUUCUAGGGAAGCCCUGCCAGAUGAUGCUCUAUGUCAUACUGUCAUAGUUCCCAUGGGAACUCUGUCUGUUGCUCAGGAAAGGGGAACUUUAUCUAAGGUGAUGUUUUUUGUCUGACUGGGGUUCACCUCCUACUCUGAACUGUUGGCUUUUGUCACAAUGGAGGUGGCUUUGUGGCUGUUUCCUGAAGAAUCAUGUCGCUUCUCGGUCCCCACCUCUGUUCUCUUUGGCUCUGAACAGUGUAAAUCUAAGGAGGAAGUUUACAAACAGGACUUCAGUGAUUUAUGGAGUGCUUUGUGCACCUAAGUACAGACAGUGGCAGGAUUAGUUAAAAAUUAAGACAGUAAACUUGGAAACCAGCCAGCUAUAAAUGGACAUUUAUUUUGAAAUCCUUAACUUAAGAAUUUGAGAGGUUUUUUUUCAACCUUGAGCAGCCUAAUGUGUCUCAAACAUUUACAUUUUUAUACUUUCUAUUUACCUGAAGUCCUACCAGACCAGGAUAAUUGGUUUUACCUCCCAUUCCGUCCAUCGGUGUUUCCGAAUCACAUUGAAUGCCGAGUGUCCCCCAGUUUGAGGAAUAGAUGUACCCCAGCACCCCUCUGGCUUCCAUGCAGAAGACCAGGUGCACUCGUUGUCUCUAGUGUUAAUUAUCUCUCCAUUUGUUUGUUAGUGUGUGUUAGCAAGAAUAAAAUGUCCCUGUUUUCACCCACCAUUGGCCAGCUUUGUCAUAAGCUUCCCACCAUGACUUUCACUAUUUUAAACAUGUAUUGAGCCUCUGCUCCUCUGACCACCUUUGUUUGGGCACUCCUAAACGGGACUUGUUUUAGAAAUGAACUCCUCCAAGUAGAGCCUCCUUCAAAUGGAGUAGAAUUUCCUGUUGUCGAAGAACUCGGGUCUCCCUUUCCUCCUCCGUCUGCCAUGUCUUACCAUUGCAGAGAGAACCCCUGUGUGUUAUCAUUCAACAGAGGCAGCUCCAGCCCUGGCAGUGGGCUGCUUGCUGAGUCACUGAGGGGCUGGGAGGGGCCUCUUCCUUCAGAAACUGUAAAUUACAACAGCAACCCCUAUUUUUCUUGGUGUUAAGAUCAUAGUGUGAAUCACAGGUAGUUGUCUGGGGCACAGUGAAGUCCAGGAAAGGCUUCUUACCUGUUUUGAAAACAAACAUCAAACAUGUGAGCUCUGAGGGUCCUUUUCUGUGAGAAUGUUCACUUUCCGGUAUAUUAUUGUACAUGAUUGCUCUGUGAAAAGACUUCACCUAUGCAGCCUUGUUUGAUUUAUUUCCUUUGGUUUGUACUGUUGUUAAGAGCAUAUUGUAUUAUAGAGCUAUUUGGAUAUUUUAAAUAUAAAGAUGUAUUGUUUCCAUAAUAUAGAUGUAUGGAAUAUAUUUAGGUGAUAGAUGUACAACUUGGAAAGUUCUGCUUAGACAAACUGAGUCUAAGUUAAUUAGCAAAUAAUAUAUCCUGAUGAGCAGUAAACCCUGGAACCUAACAGUAAGAGGAGAAAGUCACUUAAAAUGGAAACAGUUCCCCAAAGGUGUACAAUUUGAACUUGUUUAACUGCUUAAUAUAUGGCUUCCCCCCCCCCAAAAAAAAAAAAAAAAUUGAAGUUCUUAGUUUCAACUCUCAAAGUUACUGAUUUUAAGUGAAAAGUUUCUCUGUGGUUUCAGCUGGGGAGUGAUUGUUCAGUUAUAGUGUGCAUUAUGCUGUAUGCAAACCAAACAGCCUGGCCCUGUGGCCAAGGCAGACAGCCUUGUAAGUGCCAUCAGGCUAGAGUCCCACCCUCCCACACUUCACCACCGGACCUGAGUAACAGUGCAGAUGCCUUGUUCCCGUUCCAGUGCUAUCUGAGAAGUGCCUGAUGAGGAUGAUUUACUUACAGACACAAGAACAAUCCUUACUAUAAAUUGUAUAAAGCCAUAAAUGUACAUAAAUCAUCUUUAAGUGGCUUGGUGUGUUUCUUUCCUAGUGUUCGAAAGUUCCUGAGCAAGCAUGUUUUUAUUUAGCCAUCAAGCACUUGAGUUAGACCAUCAACCCCAGUGUUAAUGGCGUAUGACCAAACCAUGGCCCCUAA